ACUUAACCGACGCUCUUUGUGUGUAGGGUCGGAAUCCCUGUGGCAAACUCGCACGACACACACACUGGCAAAUACACACGCACUCGCACACACACACAUAUGCGCACACAUACUUACACACAAACGCACGCACACAAACACAGCCCUCUAUAGGCCCUCUCCAUUGUGCGCCGCCCAGACCUUUAGGCGGCUUUGCAUGGUACCUCCAACAUCCCCGUUUGUGCGUGUGUAUGUGUGUGUGUGCAACGACGACGGUGGUGGAAGCGUACAAAAAAAAAACUGGUUUAAAACACAAAAGGUUAUACCUAUGUGUGUGCCUGCGUAUACCUGGAGCGCGAUGUUUAUACGAUAAAUGCGAUCUCAAAAUUCUCCGGAGCCCAAAUACCUAUUUUCCGUUCGUAUGCGAUCCAGUUUCGUACCGGCCACCAUAUUGUCCGCCGGUACGUUUACCUAGUUCGUUUCCGAGCGCGUGUUCGUGUAUUUAAACCGGAGAAAAACGAUUUCCUCGGCGUGUUUAUAGGUACAUAUAAUAUAUAUAUAUCACUGCUGUAAUUCGCAAUUAUGGAGACUUCAAGUCCGCCGUCACCGACUGAUUCUUCUAGUCAACAACUGGAAGCGUUCGCUCACAACAACAAGGAAGAAUGGCUAUCGGACUCAGACAGUCAAAACACGAUUAUUUGCAGCACGACCAGCUCGUCGCCCGGACCCUCGUUGACGUCCACGUCCACUGGCGGUGGCCAGAAGGUCGGUUCGUCCAAAGCCAAGCAGGGCAGUCGGUCCAAAGACACACCGGCCGGACAGAAGCCCGCCCAGGUGGUGGCAAGGCGGAACGCCCGCGAGAGACGCCGAGUGCAGGCGGUCAAUUGGGCGUUCGCCAGGCUCCGAAAAGUUGUUCCUCUCGAAGAAAACAAGAGUAAGAGAAUGAGCAAAGUCAAGACCUUACAAAUGGCCAUCGAAUACAUUAAUCAACUGCAAGGUGUCCUGUCUUUGCAGAGCCCUGUACUGCAGCAACAACAGCAACAGCAGCAGCACAAUAUCCACCCCGAACCGGAACAACAUCAUCAAUUGCUGACGACGGCCGACAUAAAUUUGUUCUCCGACAUUCAGUACAAGCUCGAACCCGGCGAGCUCCAAUUCCGCAUGCCUCCCAAUUUCUACACCCAACUAUUGACUGACAAUCAAAAUUGACAUCGAAAAUCUUCGUAUGAAAUAUGUUCAUUCAUCGUGUAUUAUUAUUAUUAUAAUUAUUAUAGUUAAAAACAAUAAUUGUCUACGGGCUUAAAUCAAUUGAGAGCCCGUUUGUUUCUUUUAUUAUUAUAUCAUUAUUAUUAUUAUUAUUAUUAUUAUUAUUAUUAUUAACAAUAUCAUUAUUAUUAUGAUUAUUAUUAUUAUUAUUAGUAGUAGUAGUAAAUGAUAUUUUGUUUUUGUCACGGUAAAUUUUCUUCUAAACAUGUUAUUGCCACUUUAAAGCAGAUUAUUAUUAUUAUUAUUAUUAUUAUUAUUAAGGUGGACAAAUACUGUAAUGAUUACGAAUUGUUUUAUUCGAAUUUCAACAUUCAUUUUUUUUUUUUUUAUAUAACUUCAUAAUAUUUAUUAUGUUUUUGUUAACUUUUGUUAUAGUGCAUUUAAAGUCUAGUCAUUACGCUAUUAAGUUGAUUACGAUUAGGUACACUUUUUUCUCUUUUUGUUUCAUCAUCAUCUCUAAGUAAUAUACAUAAUUAUAUGACGUGUAUUAUCAAAAUCGUACCGUAUGCAUAUUGCCAAAUUGUAGAGCCAUUAUUUUACUACUUUGGUAAUUUUUUUAUAUCAUUGAAAUUUUAAUUAUUUUUUGUACCCAUUAUGUUUAGCAAAUAUUUUUUUAAGGUAUUUUUAUAACGAAUUUUUUACUUUUCUAAAAUAUUGUUACCUACCUAAGUAAAUAUAUAUUAGGCUAUGACUAUCGACUUUUUGAAAUUGCUCAUUUUAAAAUCACCACGUAUACAGGGAUAAAAGUUUAAAUGUUUUUAAACGA